GUACGCGAUCGCGAACUGACUGAAAUAUACAUGUAGAUGUUAGCACCGCCGCACAAAAACAAAAAGCAUAGAAAGAAGCAAGAAAAAAAACAGCAUGACGGUAAACGCCAACUCGGACAGCUCUGCGCCCUCCUCGGCGCGCACGUUUGGUGUUUCAGAGGCUGGUGGGGAUGGCCAUGGCCAAGGACAAGAAGCACCUACCUCAUCUGGUCCGAGCACGACAACCACAACGAAUUCGAAAGCGAAGAGGACUUCAACCGGGCCACCUGUCUUGCCGAAGCCAAACGCGGGAGUAGUUCUUUCCUCCGCGUCCUCAGCUCCCUCUGCAAAUGUCCAUCAAGAUAAACGCUACCCGAACGAGGACUUUGCAAAUUCGCGAGCUGACGGCACUACUAGCGAAUCACUGCCCUCGAGUAAGAAGAUGAUGGUGUCAUCUAUUCCCGCGCAAGACUACCUUUCGUGGGAUGAGUAUUUUAUGUAUACCGCAAUGCUCUCCGCCGGCCGCGCAAAGGAUCCGAGCACGCAGGUCGGCGCUUGUAUCGUGAACGAAGACAACCGCAUCAUCGGGAUUGGUUACAACGGGUUUCCGCGGAUCUCCCCACCACCGUUCUCCCAAUUCUGCAGGGAGUUGGUCUCUUGCUUGCUCGUCAAAGUGCAGGACAAGCUCGACGCACGGAGGACGAAGAAUAGUGCAGCGGACCAGGCAGCAAAGGUCGAGGAGGAGCGCAAGAAAAUUAUCGAAAAGUCGGCUUUGAAGAAAAACGUGGAACAAUCAGCAGGAACAAGAGAAUCAUCUUCACCAAGUGAAGUAGACAAGGACCUUGCCUGCACGCCGGUUGACGACGAGGUAGAUGGUGGCAGAAAAGAUGAAAACGACGACCAAAAGCCGCUGCGAGACCCGUACUCGCGGAUGCUGUUCGCGUGCUACUGCUGCUUGGAAGCGGGUGCGGGCGCCUUUUCCUUCACCGUCGACGCGGACGCGACCGCUAGCACACCUGGUGAUUUGCAGCGUGUGUGGUCGCGUUAUUGGGGCGUGAAUGACGCGGCUUUUCCCUGGGCGCGGGAGGCGGCGAAGGCCUCCGAUACCAAGUAUCCGUACGUGAUGCACGCCGAGGCAAAUGCUAUUUUGAAUAAAACCGUGCCGAUCAUUCCCGACCGGUCCAGUGACCGAACGUUGGUAAAAACAAAUCAGCAAAACCAACAAGAUGAAAUCAAGCCUACCACCCGAAUCUACACGAGCCUUUUCCCCUGCAAUGAGUGCGCCAAAUUGGUGAUUCAGGCCGGGAUUCGCGAGGUCGUGUACUUGUCCGACAAGCACGGAGCCACGGACAGUGCCAAGGCCGCGAAAAAGUUGUUCCAACUGGCGGGGGUGCGGUGCCGCGAAUUUAUCCCAGAAUUUUUGCGCGACAAGACACACAACUCCAAGUGGUUCUUCCGGGGCGGCAGCCCGUUAGUCGCGGAAGGAGGAGGAGCAGGAGCGGGAAAAUGUGUAUCACUGGAAGAGCAAGAACGAGAAAGACGGGAAAGAGGCAUAGCCGCGUGUGAUCCGCUAGAGGAGUGUAAAAAGGCAAUCGAUCGGUGGAAGACGGUGUGUCCGAUCACCGGACGGGGGAUCGCGAUGACAGAGCGAGCACGAACUUCUGGAGGCCGCGUAGGAAGCAUUGGCAAAGAUGAGAUGAAAGUAGAUUAUCCAACAGAAAUAGACGAACAAGAUCGAUCCAUUUUGAUGCCUUGGUGGAGACACAGCACAGCUUUGCUCUUCCUGACAGGGCUGAGCCUUGGAGCAUUGUUGGCUGUAUCCUCGGAUAAUCGGCAACAUCGGACACAAUAUCUUCAAUAAUUAUAAAUCAUCGUCGUGACAUCAAAGUAGCAUCGGGGCCUCGUCAGGGGGCUCCAUAAAAAAUGCAACAUAAUUCAUCUAGUCAUCUCGUUGUUCUUGUUGCCUUCUUGUUGCUAAUGGCAAUGCGUAAUCGAGAUUGGACAAGGUACUUAAGCCUAAAGAUUAAGAUGAAACAAAUGCAAGCCCGCCAUCCUAAAGAUGAAACAGCAAAAUGCAACGCGGCUAUCCUGAGG